AUGGGCAAAGGACUUUUAUUUUGCUUCGCGCUGGGCGCGGCGUGUGACGUCAUGCGCUCGGACCGCCGCUGAAGGGAGGUUUAAAAGCUGAGAUCUGCUUGACGUUUCUGUGAAAAUGGAGUUUGUUAAAGAAGAGAGUGAAGACCUGAGUGAUGAAGAAACAUGCGGAGAGGAUGAGGAAGAGACCGAGGAGCACAGAGAUCUGAUAGAAGUGAAAGAGGAACUUCAAGAGCGAAGUGAAGAUCAGUACGAGGAACCUCUUCAUUUCAUAAAUGGAGAACAGUCUUGUAGUCGAUCACAGAAACAUAAUGAUCAAAUGCAAGAAACCUCUCAAAGAACAGAAGCCAAAAACCUGUUCGCCUGCUCUGAAUGUGGAAAGAGUUUCACACGCAGAGGACACCUAAAGAUCCACACGAUCAUCCACACAGGUGAGAGACCGUACACCUGUCCUCAGUGCUCCAAGAGCUUCACCUGCAAAGGAAGCCUUAAGGAUCACUUCAAGAUCCACUCCGGAGAAAAGCCUUUCACCUGUCCUCAGUGCGGAUGGAGUUUUGCACGACAAGAAGACCUCAAGAGGCACAUAAGAAUCCACACCGGAGAGAAACCGUUCCCGUGCUCUCAGUGUGGAAAGAGUUUCACCAGUUCAGGAGAUCUGAAGAGACACUUGAGAAUUCACUCGGGAGAGAAGCCUUUCAGCUGCCCUCAGUGCGGGAAGAGCUUCACGCAGAAGGAAGGUCUGAAGGAACACAUGAAGAUCCACUCGGGAGAGAAGCUGUUCACCUGCAUGCUCUGCAGGAAGAGCUUCACGCAUCACCGGAGCUUAAAAAGACACAUGAAGGUCCAUUCAGGAGAGAAGCUGCACCAGUGUCCUGAAUGCGGCCGGAGGUUUUCAGAGGCCUGCAAUCUCAAAACUCACCUGCUCUCUCACACCGGAGAGAGACCCUUUCACUGCCAGCGCUGCGAUAAGAAGUUCUUCCUGGCCGUGCAUUUGAAGACGCACAUGAGGAUCCACGAAGACGAGCGGCGCUACGUGUGUUCCUUCUGCGGGAAGAGCUUUCUGUGGCUUAAUGGAUUUAAGGACCAUCAAAAAACGCACAUGGGAGAGAAGCCCUACGUGUGUCUGGACUGCGGGAGUACUUUCACCAGAGCCGGGGAACUGAAGGUGCACGAACGCAUCCACACCGGAGAAAAACCCUACAAGUGUUCUCACUGUGAGAAGAGCUUCACUCAGUCAGGAGCGCUAAAAAUUCACGAAAGAGUUCACACCGGAGAGAAACCGUACCUCUGUCCGUCGUGCGGGAAGACUUUCAGCCGCUACGGAAAUCUAGGGAAGCAUUUAAAGAAGGCUUGUCCAAAGCUGAGACGAGACUGUUUGCACACUACUGUGAAGAUGGAGUUUGUUAAAGAGGAGAGUGAAGACACGAGUGAUGAAGAAACCGAGGAACAGAGAGACCCAACAGAAGAAGAAAGUCAAGAACAGGACGAGGUGAAGAAGAAGAAGAAGAAGAAGCACCAGAAGAAGGAAUCUCAUGAUCCGGUGAGCGGGGAGAAGUCCUCGAGUUCCUCAGACACCGAAAAGAGCGCUGCGCAAAAAAGAGCGGACGCUAAAGGCUCGUUCUCCUGCUCUCAGUGUGGAAAGAGCUUCACGCGUAAAGGACACCUGGAGGUUCAUAUGGUGAUCCACACAGGUGAGAGACCGUACACCUGUCCUCAGUGCUCCAAGAGCUUCACCUGCAAAGGAAGCCUUAAGGAUCACUUCAGGAUUCACACCGGAGAGCGACCUUUCACCUGUCCUCAGUGCUCAAAGAGCUUCACAAACUCGGGGCUGAAGAGGCACGUACGGAUUCACACCGGAGAGAGGCCCUUCACCUGCCGCCAGUGCGCUAAGAGCUUCCCGAGUUCAGGAGAGCUGAAGAGACACCUCCGCAUUCACUCGCGGGACAGGCCUUACACCUGCCCUCAGUGCGGGAAGAGCUACAAACAGAAGGAGGUCCUUAGAGAACACGCCAAGAUCCACUCCGGAGAGAAGCCUUUCACCUGCAUGCUGUGCGGCAAGAGCUUCACGCAGCAGAGCACCCUCAAAGUCCACAUGAAGGUCCAUUCAGGAGAGAAGCUGCACCAGUGUCCUGAAUGCGGCCGGAGGUUUUCAGAGGCCUGCAAUCUCAAAACUCACCUGCUCUCUCACACCGGAGAGAGACCCUUUCACUGCCAGCGCUGCGAUAAGAAGUUCUUCCUGGCCGUGCAUUUGAAGACGCACAUGAGGAUCCACGAAGACGAGCGGCGCUACGUGUGUUCCUUCUGCGGGAAGAGCUUUCUGUGGCUGCACGGCUUCAAGGACCAUCAGAAGACGCACAUGGGAGAGAAGCCCUACGUGUGUCUGGACUGCGGGAAAACCUUCGCCAGAGCCGCCGAACUGAAGGUGCACGAACGCAUCCACACCGGAGAAAAACCCUACAAGUGUUCUCACUGCGAGAAGAGCUUCACUCAGUCGUCGGGACUGAAAGUACACGAGCGAGUUCACACCGGAGAGAAGCCGUACCUCUGUCCGUCGUGCGGGAAGACGUUCAGCCGCUACGGGAGUUUGGGAAAACAUUUAAAAAAGGCUUGUCCAAAGCUGAAAAAGUGAGCAAGGGUGAACACUUUUGGAUUUUUACCCCAGCAAAAGACCAUUUGUGUCUCCGGAGCACAGAAGCAGUCAUCAGCAGCAACACACAGCAAUGCAUUAUGGGUUUUUAUUCCAAAAAUCAGUAAGAUAUUAAGAUCAUGUUUCAUGACAAUAUUUUAUAAACGUUCUACUGUAAAUGUAUUAACGCUUACUUACUACAAGUAAUAUGCAUUGCUAAGAACUUCAUUUGGACAACUUUAAAGGCCAUUUUCUCAAUAUUUAGAUAAAUAGUUGCAUCUCAGACAAAUACUGUGUGAUCCUAACAAACCAUAAAUCAGUGGAAAGAUUAUUUAUUCAGCUUGAUGAAGGCAAACCGAUGACCCUUAUGACUGUUGUUUUUUGCUCCAGGGCCAUAAUUAGGAUAUGUUUAGUAAAAACUCGUAUUACUACGUCUGGCGUGUUCAAGUCACCUUUGGUCAGAAUGCCGAUUUUUCUCCAUACGUUUUAGUCAAAUCAGAAUCUCACCAUUAGUUGAUUAAUAUCUUAUAUUAGGGGCAGAAGGCAAAAUACAAAGAGUCCAGUCAGAUAUUCCACAUAAAUACUGAUGUUAAAACACAGGGAUGCCUCACAGAUACAAACCGGAUAAAUAACGUUUUAUGUUAUUACUAGAUAGAUAACAUUGACUGACUGCAUAUCAUAUUAUUAAGAACCGAUGAAACUGAUUCACACGAAAUAAAACCAAACAUCCACACGUCAGAUGAAAUCAACAGGAAGUAUUUGCAUAUUUUUGUUUCUUCUGAGCAGG